AAUGUAUUGACAAGCAUGGAACAAACAGCUCUCAGGAUAGGAGAAUCGAAUGACAAAAGCAAGUCUGAAGUUAUGAAAUAGGAUUCAAGGUCAAUAUUAAUAGUUGCCAAUUCUAAGACAAUCGCUUUUCUAACUCUAAUUCAAAUUAUGAACUCAUUAUCGCCAAUACUAACAUUGUAGUAAGAAAACCUAAAUAAUUUGAUAGCAUAAUAAACAACUUCUAAUUAAUUCAAGGUCAAAAAACUGUCAAAUAAUGUGAAUUAUUUCAACUAAAUAUAUAUUGUAAAUUCAAUUAUUCAUUAAUGUUAAAAACACCUAGUCUUAAAUCAUUCUCUAAUCCAAGUGAAAGGAAUCAAUCUGAACAAUACAUCCAGUGUUAUACAAAUAAAAUCAUCAGACAAGAGCAGCAACUCAAUUCCUCCUACUAUGAAGAAGACCAAUUCGACCAAUGCUAAAACACUAAUGAUUCACAGCAAUUUGAGGAUUACAUGCAAAACCUUAUCACCAUCAUCUCCAACCCUCCACAAUCACAAUACUUAAGUAAAUACUAUGUGCUUUCUACCGAAAAUGAUACUAUCACAUUCAUUAGCGAAACAUCUCCAGAAACACUUAUGGAUUAUAUUAAAUUUAGACAUUAGAAUAAGGCUCCCAUGAAUGAAGAUGAAAUUGUCUAUUUGGCAUAUGCGUUACUGAAUGGUUUAUCAAACAUCAACAUUUUGUACUUGAGUCCCACCAACAUAAUCAAAAAAUGGAAGAUCAUAAAUUACAUGGAGCAAAUAACCCACCAAAAUCAUCGAUCAUUUUUAGAAUCAGAGGACAAAUAAUACUUGGCCCCUGAACUCUAUAAAUAUUUAGACAUCGAACUUAAUGAUUGCGACGAUUUCAAUAAACAUCUGAGCCAAGAAAUUAAAGCUCCUAAAGCCUCCGUUUAUUCAUUAGGAGUCAUCCUCUUACAAUGCAUCUAUUUUGAAUUCAAAAAAGAUAGCUUUAAUCAUCUGGACAUUCUCAAGAACUCUAAAUACAGUUGGUCAUUGAGAGAUCUUAUUGAAUAAAUGUUAAGAGAAGAGGAUGAAAGGAGUUCAGUCUAAGAAUUACUUUAAAAUCCUUUAUUCUAUACACAGAAGCAAAUCGCUAUCUAACCAAAACAAUAGAAUCAGAUGUCUUUGGCUGUAUUCUUUCAAUUUGUUAAAAACAAAUUUUUCAAUCUAGAUUGGGCUGAUCAUUUUUUUUCUAUGGAAGAAAUCAUUUUUAUUAGCGAUCUCAAGGAAGGUAUCUAUCCUAUUGGAGAGUUGAAAUCAGAAAUAAAUAGUUAAAUUACAUAAAUCAUUCAAUGUUGUCCCAACAAUUGUACACUAGAAGAGUUGAUUGCUACUCUUACUAAAAUCUCAAAUCCAUAAUAAUAAGAGGAAAAUCAAGUCGUCUAACCAAAAAAGGACUAAUUUCUGUUCAGAAAAUGGUUUAAAAAACAAGAAUAAAAAAGUGAAGAUAUGUAAGAAUAAGUUAUUGCACCUCAAGAACCUACUUAUAUGGCCUAGGUGCUAUUAUUAAAAUUGAUAUCUUAGGCAUCUGAAAAGGCUUUUUAAACUUUCAUUUCUAAGGUAAUUCAUUUUAUGGGAGGCUCUGGCUUAAUUUGGUAAAACAUAAGAAAAGCAAUUUGGCCAAGGGCGCUUGGUUUUGAAUCAUUAGAAGCCCAAAGGCAGAUUGUGUAAUUGACACUUGAAUUGUGUGAAUAUUUGAAUGCUUAAAAGGAGAAGGACUUAAUUCAACUUGAAAAAGACUUAAUCAGAUAAAAGUACAGCAAAAGAACUCAAGAAGCAGUAAGAGGAACCAUACGAGGAUUUAUCAAUCAGUCUGUCUCAAAUUGUUAUAUAUAAGGAAUGGAUUCCAUUUCAUAUAUUCUCUUAGAAGCUUUUAAUUAUGAUUCAGAACUGAGUACGAUAUGCUUGAAUGAGAUCUACAAAAAGAGAAUAGUGAACUUACCCUCUGGGGAGGAAUAAGUAGAAAUUAGUGAAUAUUUUGGAUAAAAGUUGUAAGAGAAGAUUCUGCUUUACAAUUGGACACUUUAAUAUUUUGAUCCAGGUUUAAGUAAUCAUUUAAAAGAAACAGAUUUCAAAUGUGAAACUCAUAUUGUUUCAUGGUUUAGUACUUUCUAUGCCAGAGAAUUCAGCUUAGAGAAUGUUAUGAAGAUUUACGAUUAUUUCUUAAUUUCUGAUGAAUCAUUCGAAAUCCUAUUAGCAUGUUAAAUAAUGUUGGAACUCAAAUCCACCUUUGAAAUCAAAGACAGUGAAGGAAUGCUUAGUUGUUUGAAGAAUCUUUAAAAUAAUAUACAAUUAGAUAAUUGUUUGUAAAAUGCCCUAAGAUUUACAAGCUAACUACAUAAAACAUUUUUCAUUCUCACUCAUUAAGAUGAAGAAAUUUGCAAUCAGAUGAAGGAAGAAAAUGAGUACUUAUAAGAACGACCCUGGGAGCAUCCGCUAACAUUUAAAUAGUUACAAGAGCAAUUGAUAUUUUCUAUUUCGAUUCAUGAUUUUCAACAAUUAUUGAGGGAACAAAAAUAAAACUUUAAUGUGCUAUCUUUGGAUAUGAGAAGUGCUAAGGAAUACGAAUAGGCUUGCGUUUCUGGUUCUUUGUUCGCAUUCUAUGACAAGAAGAAGAUCAAUAACAUUUAGUUAUUAAAUUAUUUCGAACUAAGAGGAUUAGUUGAAGAAUAGAGCAUUUAUUAUGUAGUUGUGAUUUGCGAUACAGAAAAGCAAAAUGUAAAUGAAAUCAUAGAUUAUUUGCUUAAAUAAAGAAUCAAACGUCUUGUUCUGUUAAAGGGGGGAAUUUAAGCUGCCUUGCUUGAUGCGUAGGAUAUCAUUAAAAUUAAACAGAAGGCAGUGUUGCCUCCAUGGAUAAAAAUGCAAAUUGAUGAAUUAAAGAAAAAAAAUAUGUAAUGA